AUGGUGCUGUAUCUUAUACAAUCUUUUGAUGUCAAGCCCAUUGGAGAUAAAAUAAUUCCCACCGAGGCACAGAUGAAAACUCGUUUCAAAUUUUUGGUAGAUGGCGCAUAUGCCAAAACUUAUGCCAUCACGACCGGUGAUGAAAGAAAUCCAUUCUCCGUAACAGGUGUUGACAAGAUAGAUGGUAUUUUGGGGGAUCUCGCAAGGCUGAAAAAUGCAGCUGAUAAGCAGAGAGCAGUGACUCAAAAACAAGAAAUAGAGCGCCAGAGAUGCAAAAGAAAUAUCGGUCAAACGAUGAGCAACAAUAGCCUCCCUCAAGUUGUGCAGAACCUCGACAGUUCAGAGUCUAAGAGUUCUUCUGCAAUAGAUGACGUCAGUGUUAUCAAUGUUAGCACAAUUACCAAAAAGCACAAGUCAAGCAGUCAUAUAACGGUACCGAUGGCCGAGGCGGCUUUGACACCGUUGAGAGUCGAUGGUGUGGCUACGGUCGAAAACUUUGAGGCAUUUUGCAGCAAUCGAUGCAAAAUCUACGUGAACUAG